AUGGCGCGCCGGGGCUUCCCGCCAGUUGCGCCGCCAGCGGCGGUUCUCGUGGUUCUUCUCCUCGUCGCAGCGGCAGCUGGCGGCGCGCGCGGAUUGCGCGGGAAUGCGGCGCAACCUCGCAAGCUGGCUGCUGGCGGAAGCGGAGACUCUCCGCGGAGGAGAGCGGCUGAGCUAGUGAAAGAAUCCUCCCAUGCUUCCGUAAUGGGGGGAGGGCAUAUUCCGCCGCUACAGCUGAUUCUUGCGGAAGAAGGGAAUGCGGAGGGCGCAGUGUGCUUGGACGGAUCUGCCCCUGGGUUCUACUAUCGGAAAGGCUACGGCUCGGGACAGCACAACUGGGUGCUGUUCUUCGAGGGCGGCGCGUGGUGCGCAUCCCCGCACGCCUGCGAGUACCGGGCGCGCAUGCACCUGGGGUCGACGAAGCACGCGCGGUCAGUGGCGGUGAUGCUGGAUAGGCAGAACGGCAGCAUGCAGGGCAUGCUCAGUAACAAUCGCACCGUCAACCCUGAUUUCUACAACUGGAACGCCGUCUAUUUCAUCUACUGCGAUGGCGGCUCCUUCUCAGGCCAUCAGGACCAACCCGUUCGCUUCAACGGCAUUCCGCUGUACAUGCGCGGAAGGCGAGUGGCGGACCUGCUGGUGAAGCACCUCAUGGAGCAGAAGGGGCUUGGCCAUGCGAAGAAGGUGAGAGGAGGGAGUGUGAGAGUGGGGAGUGUGAGAGUGGGGAGUGUGAGAGUGGGGAGUGUGGUUGUCUCGGGGUCUUCAGCAGGGGGAGUGGCGCUGCUGCUGCACUGCGAUCGAGUGAGGGACACUCUCACAGCCGCCUCUCCCUCCAUGCACGUGCGCUGCCUUGCUGACGCGUCGAUGUUCCUUGAUAUCCCAGAUUCCGACAACACCCAUAGGAUCGCAGCGUUCUUUUCUGAAGUGCAGACCAUGCAUGUGAGUGAGCAAGUCAGGGCAUGCAUCUUUCUUUCCUCACCCUGCCUCACCUCUCCCCACCUUGCCUCACCUUGCUUCACCGGUCCCCACUCCUGCGUUUCAGACUACCGCAAGGCAGUGGCGAACGCAGUGGCGCCUCUCGCCCACUCCUCGCCUGCCAACGCCGUCUUCCUCUUCUCCUGCUUCCAGCACGGCUCCAUCCACUCGGACGUCCCCUGGAUGAUGCGCACGGCAAAGGGCGUGCCAAUGUACAAGGCUGUGAGCCGUUGGAUGCGCCCCGGCAACACCGACGAGAUUGAUCUCAUCGAAGGAGCAUACCCCUGCAACUCGUGCAUCAUGGCGGAGGAGUGA